GAAGAAGAAAAGGACUGUGGGAAAUAUAAUUAGCGCGAUGACGUCAUCUGCAAGCGACAAAACAAAAGCGUGAGAUUCGUGUUUAUGUGGAGUGAUAGUAAAAGAAUGUUUGCAGCUUAAUGUCGUGCACUGAGUCAAGUCUGACUGAAGAGCGCUGAGAUGGCCACACAGAGAGUCCUCCCGCAAAGCAAAGAGACUCUUCUGCAGAACUACAACAAGAGACUUAAAGAUGACAUCAGGUCAAUUCUAGACAAUUUUACGGAAAUAAUCAAAACAGCAAAGGUGGAAGAAGAGACUCAGGUUUCCAGGGUGACACAAGCGGAGCAGGACCACUAUGAAAUGCACGUGCGAGCUGCCAACAUUGUGCGUGCAGGAGAGUCUCUCAUGAAGCUUGUCUCAGACCUGAAGCAGUUCCUCAUCCUGAAUGACUUCCCCUCUGUCAAUGAGGCCAUCAGUCUCCGCAACCAGCAGCUGCGCACGCUGCAGGAAGAGUGCGACAAGAAGCUCAUCUCCCUACGUGAUGAGAUUGCCAUUGACCUGUAUGAGCUCGAGGAAGAGUAUUACUCCUCCAGGUACAAAUAGACCAGUGUUCCCAAACUUGUGCAGUCACCGCUGCCUUCCCUUGCUUACCAACGCCAUAUAUUUGAUAUGUACAUCAUAAGAACAUAACACAGGGUGAUUCAUGGAGCUAAAGGUAUUUUUAACUUGCACAACCAAUUAUUGGCUCCAAUGGUUUUCAUUUUGUUAAAUAUCAUGUGCUAACCAUGUUGUUUUGCUAUUUGUUUGAUUACACCAUCCCAGUUUGGUCCUCCAUACACAUAAUCAUAUCAUACCAUUGUGCCUUAAUAAGAGUGUUCAUUCUUGCAGGUAAGACUGUAACUAAUCAAAGAGUACAUUCUCUUUUGACCCAGCUCAGUCUGCUUCUAUUAUGGCAAAUAUAUAGCAAAAUCCAUUUAUCCAUAUUGUUAUAUCCAUCCAUAUUGUAGUCAUGCCAAAGACAAUAUCCAGCACUUUCAGUAUAACUGGUUUUGCACAAGAAAACCCAUUUGUUAUACAAACUGAAUUUCCCUUCAGGUGUCUUAAAUGAUUAUGUUUUAGAAGAUAUACUUGCAAUCAGGAUGUGUAUUUAGUCUUAUUAGUGGUGCUGUUUGGAGUUCAUUUUUAUAGUGAUUACUAUAACGGAUAAAUCUGGAUCUUUAGUGCUAUUCAGAGAUUUUAAAUGAAUUCAAGCUGUCUUUGAAGCACACCAGUGUAAACGUUAAUAGUUAUAUGUGAAGAGACAUUUUGGAAAUGAUUAUGGAAAUAAUUUUAUAAAUUUUUAAAUUUCUUUAAGAAAAAUGUACAUGUGAAUUUAAAUUUGAAAUUGGAUUGUGCACAUUAAUUUUGGAUGCCUUUAAUCAAUGAUGAGCUGCUAAAUUCAAAGAACUUAAGAAUUUGUAAUAAACAGUAAUAUAUGGUGCUGUACAUAAAGUAAAAAUUACUUUAAGAAUCAUUAAUUAGCUUACUGGAAGAAAUUUAAGAUGAAACAUCUUUUGUUGUUGUUGAGAUUUUCACUGUAUAUUCAUAAAUGCAGUGAUUUUCUCUGUUAAACUAAUUGUAGUUGGUGAAAACUGGGAAAAUAUUUUAGCUUUCAGAGGCAUAUGUGUCAUGAUGUUCAAAAUGCAAUAUUUAUCAUUUAUGGAGUUUUUGAUUUUCUCCGUGGUUAGAAAUUGCACUACGCUUUGUUUCUUUGUGGUGACAUAUUAAGCAGACACAGUGUUAGUCACAUUAGUACCUGUUCAAAAUGUGUAAGAAUAUUUGUCAGUUUUUUCACAAACCAACUGGUCAUUUCAAAUUUCACAAAUAAACCAGAGAGAAACUAGAGCA